AUGCAAGAAGCCCUUUAUCAAGAACCUGUAUUAUUACUCAAAUCUGAUGAUUUUACGUCUUUGGAAGUUGAAACUGUUAAUUGGCUUUUACAACGUGAUGACCUGGGAAUGUCCGAGUUAGAUCUUUGGUUACGUCUUGUUAUUUGGGGAAUUGACCCUGAGGUAACAAAAUAUACUGAUGAAGAAUUUGAUGCAUUGGAAAAAAUCUUACGUCCUUGUAUUCCAUAUGUUAGGUGGCAUCACAUUCCGGCUGCUGAAUUUAGAAAACAAGUUUCAAUAUUUAAACGUCUCUUACAAGAUGAAUUACAUGAUCCUGAUGUUAAUGGUUCACAAGCAUUUUAUGCGUCUCCAAUUUAUUCUACUGUAGCAUCACGAAUUCAAUCCGUUUUAAUUAACCCAGAUCAAGCAGCAAGAAUUGCAAGUUGGAUUAAUAGAUUAGAUAUUACACUGUUAGAAAAUGUUCGAGGAAGCCGUGAUCAAAAGUUUCUUCAGCACACUUUAACUUCUAAUCAAGUCGUAGUUAUUAUCAAGCCUUCAAAUUCAUCGGAAAUUCUUGGUGGUUAUAAUCCAUUGAGUUGGAGUAAAAAAUCAAUUUCUUCGAAUAAAGAACCUCAAAAUACAGCUCCGUUAAAAGAUAGUUUCGUCUUUAGUUUGGGGAGUGAUGAAAAAAGUGAUAUAUUGAGUAGAGUUAUUGAUCUUAAAGAUUCAAUUUAUUGUAAUGUUUAUUGUUCUCCAGUAUUUGGAAAAGGUGAUUUGUUCCCUAAAGGUCAUUUUGAGAUUGGGCAACCAUGUGGAUGUGAACAAACUAGCUACGAAAAACCUUUAAGGCAGAGCGCUGACCAAUUUAUUAUUGAAGAAUUUGAAGUUUUUCAAGUUAUAAAGAAAGAAUAUUAG